AUGGUCUCAGGUUCUCGCUCCUUCAUUCAGCGGCUGGUUUCGUUUGCUCAGGAUUGUCCUUUCCGCAUCACUCGCCACUUGCUCAUGCAAAGAAUUGAAAUCCAUAAGCUUCGUCAAGGUGACAAUUUGAUUCUGGGAUUCAGCAUUGGAGGUGGCAUUGAUCAGGACCCCACUCAGAAUCCUUUUUCUGAAGACAAGACUGACAAGGGUAUCUAUGUAACAAGGGUGACAGAAGGAGGCCCAGCAGAAGUUGCAGGACUUCAGAUUGGAGACAAGAUCAUGCAGGUGAAUGGCUGGGACAUGACAAUGGUGACCCAUGACCAAGCCAGGAAGAGGCUGACAAAAAGGAACGAAGAAGUGGUACGGCUCCUGGUGACCAGGCAAUCUCUGCAGAAGGCUGUGCAACAAUCCAUGAUGUCCUAAUCAAUCAUCAAGUUGGGGAAGGGUUGGGGAGGGAGAUACAUAGACUGGUAUCAAGCAAGGAAGCAGAUACUAGACCUGAACAGGUUGUCUGGAAGGAGUGCAUGUUCCUAGCUGUGGUAAACACUUUUUUUUUUCCUUUCUCUGGUGUAACUGGCAGUAGUAAAACUCUAGUGCCCCCAGCAAGA